GUGGGCGCUUUCCUCCGCGUCGCCCAUCGCAGUGCUCCGUGCCUGUACUCGUGGUCGCCGGAACCGCCGAAACAGAGCUAUAAAGGAGCCUGGAGUGCCUUUGGUCCGACAUCGAUGGCGUCGAAUUACAUCCAGCUGGAGAAGCUCGGUGAAGGGACAUAUGCGACCGUAUACAAGGGAAGAUCGAAAACGACGAGCGAGAUCGUUGCUCUGAAAGAAAUCCACCUCGACGCCGAAGAGGGCACCCCCUCAACAGCCAUCCGCGAAAUCUCGCUGCUCAAAGAGCUGAAGCACGUGAACAUUCUGCGCCUGCACGACGUUAUCCAUUCCGAGACGAAGCUCACGCUUGUCUUUGAGUUUUGCGACUCGGACUUGAAGAAGUACAUGGACCAGCAUGGCACGCGUGGCGCGCUCGAGCCGACAAUUGUUCGUAACUUCAUGUUCCAGAUUCUCAAAGGCACGCAUUUCUGCCACGAAAACCAAGUCUUGCACCGCGACCUCAAGCCGCAGAACCUGCUCAUUAACCGCAAAGGCGAAUUGAAGCUCGGGGACUUUGGUCUCGCACGGGCAUUUGGGGUGCCUGUCAACACAUUUUCGAACGAGGUUGUGACAUUGUGGUACCGAGCGCCCGAUGUCCUGCUGGGGUCCCGCACCUACAGUACAUCGAUCGACAUCUGGAGCUGUGGCUGCAUUUUUGCCGAGAUGAUAACGGGGGUGCCGCUCUUCCGCGGCAAGGACAAUAACGACCAGCUGCUUCAUAUAAUGAAGAUAAUCGGCACUCCCUCGCACCAACAAUUCGCAAAGAUGCUGCAGGACUCCCCGGAAAUAGUCCUCAAAGAAUUUGCAGUCUUUCCGAAGAUGAAUUGGAUGCAGGUCCUACCUAAAGCCUCUCCAUUAGCACUCGAUCUCCUUGACCGGUUGCUAAAAUUCGACCCCGCGGAACGCAUUUCUGCAGCGGAGGCACUGACACAUCCCUACUUCACCGACCCUGGUGCUUCCCUCGCAGCCCCAAAUCCGCCCAUGUCAAUGGGGCCUCCGUCAUUCAAUUUUCCCCAUCCCGUACAAGCCCAAGCCCGAAGACAACAGCAACAAUAUGCCGCCGCACCUCAGCAGCACUACCAACAACAAGCAUAUGGACAGAUGCCUCCCCCUUCCAUGUUCCCUCAACGACAACAAGCUGCUCCCCAAUCUCAGAGCCAGUAUUAUGGCCAGUAUAGUCAGCAGCAGCAACAACAACACCAAUAUGGGCAAGGGUCGAUGCCGAUGUAG